AUGGAGGCUGUCGACUUGGCUAUCAAGUACAAGGAUUUGGGCGUCGUAGGCGUUGAUCUUUGCGGUGACUAUAAGGUGGGAGAUGCCCGGAUCCUAAAGCCACAUUUCGCCAAAGCAAAGGCAGCAGGUCUUCAUAUCACCAUACACUUUGGUGAAACUGCCCAUGGCUAUUCAGAACUGAAUACUUUACUAUCCUACGAGCCGGAAAGACUUGGUCACGUAAUUUACAUCACGCCUGAGAUUAAGCAAGAGAUCAUUCGCAGAAGGUUAGGGGUAGAAAUUUGUCUCACAACAAAUGUGGUGGGCAAGCACGUCAAGUCCUUCGCAGAACACCACCUGAAAGAGUGGCUGGAGGAAGAUUGUCCCAUUGCUCUUUGCACUGACGAUGUUGGAGUGGUGGAGUCUCCUUCGUCCAAUGAGUACUUCCUGGCAGGCAAGCAUCUAUCACUAUCAUACGAGAGGUUGUGGAGCAUUGCAGUGAGCUCUAUUGAUAGGUGUUUCGUGGACGACGCGCAGAAGGCCAUCUACAAACAGAAUCUUGAUGACUGGGCUAAGAAUAUCGGGCAGUCAUGGCUACGGGAUUCUUCAGUGUUCCAAUAG